GCACAAUUCACAGUAGUGAUUUAUUGCUGUGUUUUGCUGUUGCUAUUUUCCUAAAAAAAUUGGAAAAAAAACUUUUUUAAUUUCUUUUUAUAAUCAGAAAAAAGCUACGAAUUUUACAACAUUAAUUAAUAAAACAUAUACUAAACUAAAACUUAAAGACUCGAAAUUCUUAAAGAUACAACAACAAACCAUAGCAUAGAAGUGUUUAAAAAAUAAUUUGAAUAAGAAAAUAAAGAAAUUGCAUUUUUUUCCUUGGGAAAGGUGGAAGCAGACUAUUAUGGACAAUAAUGUAGACAGGGUUAACAACACAUCAACAAAAGCAGCAGCAAAUAACCUAACAACUACAACAUUAUUAUCAUCGUCAUCCUCAUCAGCAACAACAGCAGCGGCGGCCAGCGCAGCACAAAGCCAAUUGCCAUCUAACCAACCCAUAUUAUUAGUACCGACAACAACAACAGCAGCCGCAACAAAUUCAUUUUGGAAAAAUAGUAAUCGUAUAGUACCAGGCAGACCUAGUCCCAAAAAAGUCAAUCCUGUAAGUGCCACAGAAACCGGCAGUGGUGGAGGCGGUAUGAUGGCUACUUUUCGUGAUUAUCAAAAUUCGGUUAGUGAUGCUUGGGAUACGGGAGAUGAUGAAUUUUGCAUAAUAUCAAGUGCGGCUAUGCAACAACAGCAGCAGCAGCAUCAGCAAACUUUGCAUAGGAGUCUUGAUGGUACUAUAAAUAAAAAUGAUCCUAGAAUUUCCCGUCAAGUCUCACAAACUUUGGCUCAAAAUGUUAUAGAAAUACAUAAAACUUCUACAGCCUCGAACGCAGGAGCUGUGGGUCAUAAUGCUGGCCAUAUUAUGAGCAAUAACAACCCAAUGCCACUUAAUCAACAACAACUACAGCAACAAUCUUAUGAUGGCAAAUGUGCAGCUACUAAACAACAACAACUACAACAGCAACAACAUAAUGAAAAUCCUAAUAAAAAGGAUUGUAAAGUGGAAACACAGGAACAGAGACCUCGUAUACGUCACAUUCAAGCGCUACCCGGACGACCCCAACUGCAAAAAUUUACCAACACCCAAGAUUCCGAAUAUGAAACUAAAAUUGAAAAAUUUGAAUUACUACUGGAUUCUCCGCUAUUGGAUUUGGUGGCAUUGAAAAAACUAAGUUGGUCGGGAAUACCCAGAAAGAUGCGCGGUAUAAGUUGGCGUUUGCUAUCGAAAUAUUUACCACCCUCGGGAGAAAGACGCAAUGCGGUAUUGGAAAGUAAACGUCAAGGUUAUCAGGAUUUAAGACAAAAUUACUUUAAAGUGGAUAGUCAAGAUGAAUCACAACAGGAUACCUAUAGACAAAUACAUAUCGAUGUGCCACGUAUGAAUCCUCAAAUAUCGCUCUUCCAACAAAAACUUGUUCAGGAAAUGUUUGAACGUGUCUUAUUCAUUUGGUCUAUACGUCAUCCAGCCUCGGGCUAUGUACAAGGCAUUAAUGAUUUAGUAACGCCAUUUUUUAUUGUAUUCUUACAAGAACAAUUGCCGCCAGGAACUGAUAUUGAAAAAUUUGAUAUGAACUCGUUAUCGGUUGAAAUUCGUGAUGCCAUUGAAGCUGAUUCAUUUUGGUGUUUAUCAAAAUUCUUAGAUUGUAUACAGGAUAAUUAUAUAUUUGCUCAACUGGGUAUACAGGAGAAGGUCAAUCAAUUAAAGGAUUUAAUACAAAGAAUAGAUGGAACAUUGCAUCGUCAUUUACAAUCUCAUGGUGUUGACUAUUUACAAUUCUCUUUUCGCUGGAUGAAUAAUUUAUUAACUCGUGAAUUGCCUCUGCAUUGUACCAUACGUUUAUGGGAUACCUAUUUAGCUGAAUCUGAUGGUUUUGCUUUAUUUCAUUUAUAUGUUUGUGCUGCAUUCCUAUUACAUUGGAAGGAGGAGUUAAUGCAACAAAAUGAUUUUCAGGGACUUUUAUUAUUGCUACAAAAUCUGCCUACACACAAUUGGUCUGAUCGUCAAAUAAAUGUCUUAGUUGCUGAAGCCUUUCGCCUAAAAUUUACGUAUGCCGAUGCUCCCAAGCAUUUAGAGGCAAAAAGUUGACAUCGUCAUCAUUAUCUUUAUGUGUCUUAGAUAAAAAUUCCCUUUUUUUAAAACACACACACAUCCAAACACAAUCCAAUAUACAAAAAAUUUAUUUUUUUAAAUAAUUAUUGUUUUUGUUAACAUUUUUUCGCGUAAAAUACCAAAACCUUUUAGUAAAUAUUUAUAUUUUAUUAUUUUGUUCUUUGGUACAUUUCCAAUUCAUUUCAAAUUUGUUCUUCUUUCUUUCUUUCUUAUCUUUAGAAAACCUAUAACUUUUGCAUAUUAUUACUAUUAUUAAAUAAACAAAAAAUAAAUUUAUAACUAAACAAAACAAAUUAAUUAUAUAUUUAACAACACAAUCCCCCGUUUUUUUAUAGUAAGUAAAGCUUAAAGCAUUAGAUAAUAUGUAUUUGUAGUAGUGUGUCAAAGAAAACUAAAACUUUAAAAUAGACAAAAAAUGUAACACAAAGUUAAAAACAAAUUUUCUCUGUCUUUCGAUUGUAGCCAUUAACAAGAAUUGUAAUUUUUAUUAAAUAUUAAAUGAAAGAAAUCCAAAUAGAAAAUAAAAUAUUAAACAAACAGUUAGUAAUGGUAUAUAAAAAUUAAUUAUAAAUUAAAUAAAUAUACAUACAUAUAGAGUAAAUGUCAAAGGCAUACGCAAUUAUUAAAUAGUUUACUGUUUGUAAUAUUCAAUAUUUAAUAAAAUACUACUUUAAUUAUUAAAAAAAAAUACAAAAAAUAUUUAAUAAAACGAAAAAAAUCAUACA